ACAUUCGUGACAAUAUUGAUUAGCAAUGAUUCUUUUAUCCUGUGACCGACAGGUUUAGUGUAUUACUAUGUAGGCCUAUUAGUGUAUUUUAUUUAUUUUUUUCCCCCUCAAAAUAACUUCUUUUUUUUUUCCUGUGGAAAUUAUGUCUCACGUUGUGGCUGGUGCUCUAUUUGAGGGCUCUAACAUUGAAAUUAUUUUAAGAAAGCUGAAAUUAGCCAGAUACUACAUGUGCUAUUAUAUUUAUAUGAACUUUUAAAAAUCAUAAACAGCCACUCUAUUAAACAGUUUAGACAGGUGAGGACUCGCAAGAACCAAUAGAGUUAACUUACCAUCCUCCUGGUCGUCCUGAGGAGGGGUUCCUUUGUGAAAAUGUGAAGUCAGCACAGUCGACUGUGUUCAGCUCCUCAAACAACAUUCGUGAAAUAGGUUAUUACAGAAGACAUAUCGUUUUUAUUGUUUAAAGGUUAUAUUACUUUGGUCGAAAUAGGCAGUUUUUUAUCGCAUGUCUGUUGGUUGUCGUUGUGGAAAACGAACGGUUAGGCUGUUAUGACAACCUGAGUAAACGUGGGUUUUUUUUCUGCUGUCUUCAACCUCUGAAUCCUGGCCGUUACAGUGGGGAGGACGCGCGCCUUGUGUUUAAAUUCGCACGCAGGCGGGAAAAACGUGACGGAUCUCAGAGAGUGGGCUGUUGUGGCGGGAAUCAUGUUGGCGUUGACGUUCACCUGUCGCUUACUACUCCUCUUUCUGUUAGAUUCAGUAAAGAUGACGGACGAAACUCAGUUGCUGGUGCUGGACAAGCAGUGGCGUGAGGCGUGUGUGCUGGACUGUGCUAGAGGGCGCCAUCGAGCUGUGUGUGGCAGCAACGGCCGAAUGUAUAAAUCUCUGUGCUCUUUCCAGCGUGCGCAGUGCAUCAACAGACAGCUGAGGACGGCUGCAGUGUCCACGUGCACAGCAGAUGCGUCUAAAUGUCAGCUGGCUCGCUCUCAAGCUCUGCGGGCCAGCACUCGUUCUGAUUCCUUCGCUGUCUUCAUCCCAGAAUGCAAAACCGAUGGAACUUAUACAGAGGUGCAGUGUCACAAUCAGACGGGUUACUGCUGGUGCUCCUCUCUUGAUGGGAUUCCUGUGAGCGGCAGCUCUGUCUUACACCUGCGGCCCAACUGCACUGGUCAGAUGUCAGAUAUUGCACUGGAAACUGACCAGGAAUUUGCUCAAGCAAAGCGAGGGAUUCAGUGGCGCUCCACUCCAGAUCCUGAGCAGCGCUCUGUUCUGACCACUGCAGGAGUCACAGUGCCUCCAUUGUGGGUGACAAUCCUGCUGAACUCUGACCCGAAUGGAAACCGUUCUGUCAGGCGGCCUGCAGACUCUUUAAAGACCUGUGAACAUGAGCGAAUGUCUGUGCUCGCUGAAGAGGCCAUUCAAGGCUCAGAAGAGCGUUUUGUCCCAGAAUGCAGUGCAGAUGGGAGGUACAGAGCAGUUCAGUGUCACAGCAGCACAGGAUACUGCUGGUGCGUGAGAGUGGACACAGGACGGCCCGUCCCGGGCACUUCAGCCAGGAACCAACUGCCUGACUGCAGCACUCAGGAAACACACACGCUCCUCCUCAACAACAGCUACACACAUGCUCCUCUCUCAGGUUGUCCCAGUGUACGAAAGGCAGACUUUCUCAAGAGUUUAAUACAAGCAUUCCAGCAGGAAGUUGAAAGUGGUGCUUCAUAUUCUCAGUACAGGACACCUGCGGCUCGUCCUCAUGUCCUCAGCUCUCCGGCCUCUUUCUCGUCUGUUCAAACUCUCCGUCUGUACUUUACGCUGCUGGACGCAGACGCUGAUGGGCUUCUGAGCGAGCGGGAAGCGCGUCCGUUACGUCGCCUGCUCCGCAGAACUCUGCGUCCUCGCCGCUGUGCCAAGAAGUUCAUGCAGUUCUGCGACCGGAACGCAGACCGCUGCUUAAGCACUCAAGAACUCACUUCCUGUCUUGACAUUUAAGGCCAGACUCAAUAAAUAUCGUGCAAGACGAAGUAUCUUUGGAAAUGGUUUGAGACGUCAGUUUGACCUUCAUCUCCUCACAGCUCUUUUGAGUCUCAGACUGCAGCAUUCAAUCAUUUCACUCUGGGUUUUUGAAUCGGUUCAGCUCUCGCCGCCGCUCUGACCUUUUCACUUAUGCAAGUCCAAACACUGUGUCUUUCAAAUAAAGGACUCGUUAUUGGUUCUGUAAAAAUAGCCACGGUUAAGCCUUUCUGGCCGCUGGAGCGGUCGAGUGUGUGUGACUGUGUAUUUGAGUGGCUAAGACAGUGAGUUUGGACACGGUACAGUACCAUGGUAAAUUAACAUCUUAAUCAUGACAUACAGUAGGAUCUGAAAGUCUGAUUUAAAUUUGGAAUUAACUAUGAAGUUUUAGGAACAAAUACUAAGAAAUUCUGAAAUUCUUAUAUGCGUUUUUAAUUCAUUUUUCAGCCAAAAAAACAUGCAAUUCAAAAGUCUGGGGUCAGAACAUUUUUUUUUUUUUCCUUUCUUUUUUUGUUGAAAGAAAUUAAUAUUUUUGUUCAGCAAGGAUGUGUGAAAUCGAUUAAAAAAAAGACGCAUAUUGCUAGAAUUUUUAUUUUUAAUAAAUGCUGUUCAUCAAAAAAUUCUCAAAGUAUCACAGGUGCCAAAGAAAAUAUUAAGCAGCGCAAAUGUUUCUAACAUUGAUUAAAAAAAAUUAUAAUAUGCAUAUUAGAAUGAUUUCUGUAGGAUCAUGUGACACUGAAGACUGGAGUAAUGAUUCCAAUGAAAUUAAAAUUCAGCUUUGAUCACAGAAAUAUAUUGUAAAGUAUAUUAAAAUAGAAAAAUGUAAUAUUAAAUUGUAAUGAUGUUUCACAAUAUUACUGUUUUUAUUUUUUAAUAAAGCCUUGGUGAGCAGAAGAGACUUGAAAAAUCUUACUGAUCCCAAACAGGAUAUAUGCCAAAGUACCUUGGAAUAAGUGUCAUGGGUUUUUAUAAAAGCAAAAUAAAGGUGUUUGUCUUGAGUUUUGUGUUUCUUCAAACCUGGCAAGCCUUGAGGAGGUCAAAACCACAGUAAAUCCUUGAAUAUGAAGGGAAGAAUCAUAAUAAUGUGGCUCAGACACCCUUGACAGGUGUAAAGGUUUUUAAGCCACAUUUAUUAUACUGCUGUCACAUUACACCAGUGUGUUUGCUGAGCUCGUUCUAUAUAACAUGUCUGUGCAUGUGUUUACAUGUUGGUGUGUGUUUGCCAUUCCAUAUUCAGUUUUUUUUUUUUGUAUUGUUAUCUGACUGAAUGUGUUUCUCCUGAUCUUAACGUUUAACCUGCUUAGUUGAAUAGUGAAGUAAAGGCAGCAGCACCAAAGCACACCCCUAGGUGGCAGUUUAACUCUAGUCCAGAUCUCAGUGAUUCUGCAUUGAGAGAGAGGCUGACAAUUUUGACAAUCAAUUUUCUGCAUGCAUGAUACAAUUUUGAAAGUGGCUUUGCUUGACGAGACAUUUGGUAGCAAGUAAGUGAGAUAUUGGUUGCUUUGAGAAAAAAAAACGUUAUUUGAAACACCUAAAAACUGGGCUGUUAAGGUUACAGAAACUCCUUCUAAACGGGGUCCCUUGAUUGGCCAUUUUUGGAAAUAUGACAAGUCACCCAUUUCACAGAUUGCUACUAAAAACAACUUAUACUACACAUAUACAAACUAGAGAAUAUAGACAACAGUAAGAUAAAUAAAAGGUAAUACGAACAAUCACCAACAUGCAGCCAAAACUGAAAAAAGAAGAAUAUAUACUGUAUAUUGUAGUAACCUACAUAAUGUUUGGUACUAUUAGCUGAAAAAAAAAAAAAAACUUUUAAAACAUCCAAGGCAGCAAAUAUUGAAGCUAUAUCUCUGCCACCAGGAUUAUAAACAGAUUUCACAAUCACAUUCAUUCAUUUCCUGUUUGCAUUUAAGCCAGUUUGGGAUUCGUGAAUCUUCAAUAGUCUGGGAUGUGCACAGAACGGUAUGUUUCUGUUUCUGAUAUGUAAUCUGAAGAGCAGUAGAUACAGGAGCACAUGAUUCAUAUGUGAUUUGUGUUUCUGUAUGUUA